GUCUCCAAGGAUCCUAUGAAUCAAGUUUCUCAAGUGUUUGAGAAGUACUUGCAGUAUGUGAAGCGAUUUAGUCGGUACAAGAAUCCAGAUGCUGUUCGACAAGUUCGAGAAAUCUUGAGCAGGCAUCAGCUCACUGAGUUUGAGCUCUGUGUUCUUGGCAAUCUCUGUCCUGAAACUGCUGAAGAAGCAGUGGCAAUGGUUCCUUCUCUCAAGACAAAAGGAAGAGCUCAUAGUGAUGAAGCGAUCGAGAAGAUGCUUAAUGAUCUCUCCCUUGUCAAGAGAUUCGAGUAGUUGCGGAAAGUUCUCAAGAGUCAAGAUCUAAGAUUAUAUACAUAUUCAGGGGACUACAUUCUCCUUCUAGCUGUUGAUGUCUGAGAGUUAGUUUUUCAUGUCUAAAAUUAUAAAGCUUUCAUGCUUAGAAUCUCUGUAAUGACAUCUUUUUAAUAUGUUUUAUGUCAUAUUUAUUUAAAUUUU